AUGUUCACACGUCCUCCUAUACGUGUAAUUAUUAUAUUCAUGAUAUGUGUUUGUAUUCCUAUGAUUGUUAUUAUUUAUCGAAAUUUUGCUAAUAAUAUGUUUCGUAUCGAAAUUAGUCAAUUUUAUCUUCCAUUAUGCAAAUAUUCAUCCAGAAUCACUGAUAAUCGCAUAGUUUUCGAUAAUACAUCAUAUUUUAUUCCGCACUAUCCUGAAUUUAUCUGUCCACAAAAUUUUCGAAAUUUGGCUGAUUGGAUUUUCAGUUGGCCUAAAAAUACAUUCAAUGAACAUAUUGAAAAUAACGCUAAUGAUAGUUAUGCGAUUGUACCUAAUCUUCCUCAUGGCAGUAUUAUCUAUCUUCAACCUAAUGGAAUUUUAACCUUUUUUCGGGGAAUUUAUCCGUAUCUCCAGAAUAAAUUCGUAUUAAUUACUGGUCAAAGUGAUUAUUCAGUGCCAGGUCAAUAUCUUUAUUAUCUUGAAAGAUCCGAUUCAAAAAUUAUUCAUUGGUUUGGUCAAAAUGGAGAUAUCGAUGCAUUGAGAAGUGAACGCUUUACUCAUAUACCAAUUGGUAUCAAUUGUUUUGAAAUGGCAAAAAGUAUUCGAAGUAUUCAUCGAGAAUAUCGUAAUUAUACUCUUCCAUCGGUAGUCAAUAAAAGUGUUGAUGAACCAUUUCAUUAUAUACAACCAUUCGAUAUUACACAAAGGGUUUUAAAUAGUAAUAAUCAAUCUGAUAAAUUACUUCUUCUCAACUUUCAUCCUGACACUGAUCCAGAUGGAUUACGUCGAAAAUUAUGGCAAAAUAUUUGUGAAAAUAAAAAAAAAUAUUCAUUUGUUACGUGUUUUGAUAAGCCUUCAGGAGUAGAUAUAGAAAUUUUACAAACUAUUUAUAAACGAAAUCGUCAGUAUCCAUUAUGGUUAUCACCUCGUGGUAAUGGAAUUGAUUGUCAUCGAACAUGGGAAGCUCUGUAUCUUGAUGCUAUUCCAAUUGUUUGGCAUUCAACAAUUGAUUCAUUAUAUUCAGAUUUACCUAUUAUAAUUAUUAAUAAUUGGAAUGAAAUCAAUGAACAAUUUCUUCGAAAUAAAUUAUAUGAAAUAGCUUUAAAAAAGCUUCAACAACCAUCCGAAACUCAUCGUUCUUUAUCUCGACCUCAAUCAGCUCGAAGUAAUUUUCUUCAUGCACAUGAAAAUACUGGACCGCAAUAUCUUCGAUCACAAUCUGUAUCUGGUUCACGUCGAGGUUCAAUCGCUUCAUCUGUUGAUUUAAGUACAGCACAAAUAGAUAAUAAAUCAAAACCUGAUUAUGUAAAGAUAAAUUCACAAUAUGUAAAAAAUAUUCCAAAAGUCCGUAAAACAAUGAGUGAAGAAGUCGUCGAACAAGUACGUGCAAAAAAAGAACAACAAUUACAAGAUUAUUAUGAAAAACAAAAAGGCCGUGUACCUGAUUAUAUUGAAAGAAUUAGAGAAAAACGAACACAAGAAAUAGAUGAUGAACGUGCUAAUGCACCCGAUCCCGAUUGUCCGGCUGGUCAUGUCAAAGUUGAUAAUGAAAAACGUUUAUCAACAUUACGACAACUUGAACUAAGUCGAGCUGAACUUGAAAAAAAAAUUAGUCAUUUACCUAUUCGUAACGAUUCAUUAACACUUCGACGAACAAAAGAAGACAUUGAAAAGAAAAUUAUUGAAUUAGAUGAAGCUAUUAAAAUUUUUUCUAAACCAAAAGUAUUUGUUAAACUUGAAGAAUGA